AUUGACCCUGACGAACAGUAUGAGAUAAUUCCGCAGCGCGCCACACUCGCUUUCACAGUGUCGAGUUUUCAAAAUACACAGCGCUAGUCUCUUAUAUAACGCGAACCUCUUGACUUGUCGAUAAAGCGCUGUAUCACUCUUGUUUAACGUUUUAUAGUUAUCAGUUGUUAAUACUUCGCGCGCGCAGUUUUGUGACAGAAAGACCUGCAGAAAUCAUCGCGACGUUAUCAAGGAAACGGUUCGAGCGAUAAAUUUUCUUGUUGUGUAAAAACACAAACGUAUCCGCGUGACUCUCAAGACUAGCAAGAGUUUGGCAACUGGUAGAAGCGUCGCCGCUCGUCGGACGAAGACUCGCGUCGCCGCAAAGAUGGGAAAGAUAUACGAGCGUCCCCUGGAACAGCCCACGCCGAACGUGUCUUUGGGAGAAGCCGUGCUAGACAAGUUGCGCGAGAACGGCAAUCGUGUUUGCGCAAUAGACGGGCCAACAGGCACACGGAUGACAUAUAGAAGACUACUCACGGAAAGCAUCAAAUUCGCGAAUUUUCUACAAAGAUACGGGAUAAAAAUCGGCGACAGAAUUGGCAUCGCAACUGAAAAUCGAUUGGAUUGGUUAAUACCAGUUUGCGCGAGCUUUUAUCUCGGCGCAAUAGUAGCACCGUACAAUCCUUCGUACACAGAAUAUGAAUUCCAGCACGUAUUGAACAUUGGAAAGCCGCGUAUUGUUCUCGUAUCUCAGCGUACCGAAGAUCGCCUCGCUAAAAUGCUACCGAAAUUGUCCUGGAAAAUGGAAUUAAUACAGCUGGACGCUCAACCGCUCACGGCAAACGUCCUUUCGUUGACGAAUAUCUUGAAUGACGAGCCAGGUGUAAACUACAUGAAAUACAAAGCCGUAGAUAUCGGCGACGCCAGUCGGCAUCCGUUGGUUAUUCUGUGCUCCAGCGGGACCACGGGUUUGCCGAAAGGGGUGACGCUGUCUCACAAAAAUCUAAUGGCGUUUAUAGUGAAAAUUGUCAAGCCCGAGUACAUGGAUCUAAGAGUCAACGACAGAAUACUGAUGCUGCUGCCGUUUUAUCACGGCUACGCGUUGGGCACGAUGAUACUCGGCCUUUACGCGAGCUGCUCCGUGAUCGUCAUGCCCGCCUUCGAGCCGAAGCUCUUCCUGACCCUGGUGCAGGAGCACAGGAUCACCCAUCUGCCGCUCGUGCCGCCGGUCCUUACGUUCCUGGCGAAACACCCGCUGGUGGAUAGGUACGACUUUCGCAGCGUGAGAGAACUCAUCUGCGGAGCGGCGCCGCUUGCGAAGGACGUCAUAGCCGCGGUGAAGGCUCGCAUCGGCGUCAAGUGCGUUCGCAACGGCUACGGCAUGACGGAGUUGUCGAUAGUGAGCGGUCUGAGCGGACGCGACGAUGACGACUCGUACGAGAAUCCGGAAACCGGAGUGCUCCUGCCUGGUUUUCGCGGCAAAGUGGUCGAUGUCGAGACACAGGAGACGCUGGAGGCCGGUCAGACGGGCGAGAUCUGUUACAUAGGGGAGCAAGUGAUGCUGGGUUACUGGAACAACCCCGAGGCGACCAGGCAGACCAUUGACCAGGACGGGUGGCUUCACACCGGCGACAUCGGCUACUUCGACAACAGGGGCAGGCUGCACGUGGUCGACCGCGUCAAGGAGCUGAUCAAGUACAAAGGCUAUCAGGUCUCGCCGUCGGAGAUAGAGACCGUCCUGCUGUCGCAUCGCGCGAUAAAAGACGCCGCGGUCGUCGCCAAACCCGACGAACGCAACGGGGAGAUUCCCGUGGCUUUCGUAGUGAAGCAACCCGGCGCCACGAUCACCGCCCAGGACGUGCAGGAGUUUGUUAAACAGAAACUGUCGCCGCAAAAAUGGCUGUACGGCGGGGUGCAAUUUGUCGAUGCCAUACCGAAGAGCGCCGCCGGCAAGAUUCUACGCCGCGAACUUCAAGCAAUGAUCUCCAAAUUGUGAUAGCGGAAAUCGCCGAUGGGCUUGUGCUCGUAUAAGCAUAAAAUCCCCAUUGACGAAGACCGAGGGGUAAACCGCCGAGGACAAUGUGGUGCACAGAUUUGCGGCAUUACUGGGCAUUACUUGGCACUUUUGAGGCCUUGCUGGGGCACGUUAUAAAGAUAAAAUAAGAUAAAAUAGGAUAAAACAAGAUACUUAGUAAAUCUAAAACAAAUUCAAACCAGUAUCUCAAAAUUUACGAAAGUCACAACAAUUUCAGCGUACACCCAGACAUUUUGGUCUAAAUUUGUGAUUUUUCGACGUUUUGGAACAUUUCUAACCCAUUGGCAAAGAAAAAUGAGACUCAACUUUUUUCAAGAAAAACAAAGCCUUCUCUGUGAGGAAGCAAGAAAUAAGAUAGUAAAAUAAAGUAAUGCCCACUGGCCUGUAGUAAGCAUUGGUGUACAUACAUGAUUUUGACCAGCGGUUUACCCCUCGACAAAGACCGAAGAAACAAGAUCAACAUCGCCAAGAGCAAAUUGGCGAUGUUAUCGAUCGCUCGAAAAACGUGCCAUUAUGUGUGUGUCAAAAAUAUUUUUGCGUUAACGAAAACGUCUCACUGCGAGGAAGAGUGAUCGAGCGCCGCGGAUUUCUUCGCUACGGAAACGCAAAUUUAUCGCGGCCCGUUGAUUAAUUCAUAAAUAAACCGUUGAACAAGCGUGACCGAUUAAACACGAGCGCCCAGUGGAUCAGUUCCAUCCCUCCCCGAAUAUAACGGGACGGGGGUGUUUCGAGUUAUAUUACACGAUAUCACUCUUGCGCCGACCUGCGGUGCUACGAAAAUAAGCGAAGAAACCUGUUGCGUCACACACGUCGACGAGGAACGUGCGAGCGUUCUCUCGUAUUUCAUCAAUAUCUAACUAUAAGUAGCUACUUUCUUCCUUUACUACGAAUCGAGCUUCUUAUCGAUCCUCCGUGAGUUUUCCGGCGAAUCUCCAUAAGUAAAGAUAUCUGUGAUUAAAUCUUUAAAUAAAUAAGAGAAAUUA